UACCGGAUAUAGUGAACCACUGCGUGAGCACGGGACAAUAUACAGAAAAGACGCAGCAGCUUUUGAGCUACACUUUGAUACAUCCAGCCAUAACUAAUCAAGAUAGACGUCUUUUAACUCAAUGGCUCAAAGAUCUGGAAGAGCGUAUUAGCAGUACACCACCCGUUUCUAGUUUCGAAGAUUAUCCAAAUACUCCAAUGAGAUGGGAAAGUCCAUGGCAGAGGAAUUCCAAACAUGAUCAGUCAAAUCUGUUUAACACGCAACCGGGCGGCACGUUUAAUUUACAUUUUCCCACAUCAGUUAACCGUCAACGUCGUUCCAAUAGCUUAACACCACCGGUAGCGCCGCCACAUCAUCUCGAAAUUGUCGACCGAACCAAUAACACGAACGCUUCCAGGCACAAGCCGCGCAGCUUUAGUGUCUCUGGAGAUCACGCCAGCAAUAUUAUUGGUUUGGGUCCACUGAGCCCGCAGAGUUCCUGUGCGAGUAGCGGUAGCGAAGGUCGUUUGGAUGACGCUUCGAAUCGUUCGCUCGCGAGUGGCAUGAGAGACGUACAAUUAUGGCUUAAAACAUUACGACUUCAUAAAUACAGUUAUUUGUUCGCUACCAUGAGUUAUGAGGAUAUGCUGCAAUUAACGGAGGAUCAAUUAGCCGAGCAAGGUGUUACGAAAGGUGCUAGACACAAGCUGGCUCUCUCUAUCGCUAAACUGCAACAGCGAUACAACACACUUUUAAAUCUGGAAAAGGGUCUAGUGCAGCCUAGUGCCCGCGACGGCAUGCAAAACACUUCAUUCUCACAGGGUCCAUCACUAAUCAUUAAUACAAUGGAAGAACUUAAGACGAUUCUGACCACUCCUAUGAAGCCGAGUCAAGAGAGCGAUCCACAAGAUAUCCCUGCGCAGUUUACGAAAGUGCUUGGCAAACUGUGCAGUAGAUUGGCUUUGGAAAGCGUCGAGGACGGUAUUUUGUGCGCGUACGUCAACAUUUUGGAAAAGGUAUUGCAGCACGACUGUUUCACCCCGAAUCAGAAGGAGAAAGUGCAGCAGUGGCGUAGUAGACUUGGCAAUCCGCGACCGACUCAAAAGUGGCAGCAUAACUACGGAUAUAACAAUAGGAGAUAUGGGAAUCCGCAGCAGCACAGGAAGCCAAGUUUGAAUUUGAAUCACAUUCACAGUACCCACACACACAAUCAGUUUAUGAUUGCUUCGCAUAGAAAUAGUAUAUCUACACCGUAUUUGCAAAAUAAUCAGAAUCAGAAUAUGAAUAACAUGAAUAUGAGUAAUUUGCGUGCGAUACAUACGACCGAGAAGAGAUCGAGUUUACAAGAGACCAGCAUGCAGCAAUUACAGAAAUCAUUGCAACAUGUAAGUAGCGCGCCGCGUGAUCAUUUUGUGGAACAUUCUGCCAACGGAGUGAAUGAGACGACGGAACCGGAAAUUGAUAUUCGAUUGCAGUCUCUCUGCUUGAGAAUGACCGAGCAAGCGAUCGGUGGGUUCGGCGAGGCCUAAUCUUCCAUACACGCGUUCUGGGAUUUAUCGUAAGUCCCGUUUUCAACAAUCCUUUUUGGAUUUUUGACCUCGAAAACGAGGGAAGUUUUGUUCGCCAAGGCGCGAGUCAUCUCUAUCUCGCGCUCGCUCGUGUUUUGGCAAACAGCAUGUUUGAGUCAUCGUUUAAAAGUGAUACUGCAAUGGGGACGACGCAUACUUUUUUUUUGUGUGCAAAUACCUGCGUAUACACACACUUAUGCUUUAAUAUCUCUACCAAAUGAAGAAAAAGAAAUGUCCGACAUGUGCGACAUUGCUGAGAGAUAGAUAAGUUUUUCUUUGAAGAUCAAACGACACUUACACACACGAAUACACAUUACAUACAUA